AUGGCAGCCGCAGCCAAUUCGUCUUCCACCAAUCCCGCGACGGUCUUCCCUCGCAGCCACGUCGGUUUCGACAGCAUCACCUCCCAGAUCGAGCGCAAGCUGUUGAAACGUGGAUUCCAAUUCAAUGUCAUGUGCGUUGGCCAGACGGGUCUGGGCAAGUCCACUUUGAUCAACACCAUCUUUGCUUCGCACCUUAUCGACUCCAAGGGUCGCAUGACCCCCAACGAACCUGUCCGCUCGACCACCGAAAUCCAGACCGUUUCGCAUAUCAUUGAGGAGAACGGCGUGCGUCUGCGUCUCAACAUCGUUGACACUCCUGGAUACGGUGACCAGGUCAACAACGACAGAUGCUGGGAUCCCAUCGUGAAAUACAUCAAGGAUCAGCACUCCGCAUACCUCCGCAAGGAGCUUACCGCUCAGCGUGACCGGUACAUCCAGGAUACCCGUAUUCACUGCUGUCUGUUCUUCAUCCAGCCUUCCGGCCAUGCUCUCAAGCCCAUUGAUAUCGUUGUGCUCAAGAAGCUGUCGGACGUUGUCAACGUUGUUCCCGUCAUCGCCAAGGCCGACUCCCUUACCCUCGAAGAGCGUCAGGCAUUCAAGGAGAGAAUCAAGGAAGAGUUUGCCUUCCACAACUUGAAGAUGUACCCCUACGACAAUGACGAACUUGAUGAUGAAGAGCGUGCCGUCAACGUUCAGAUCAAGGACAUCAUUCCUUUUGCUGUUGUGGGUAGCGAACGCACCAUCGUCGUCAAUGGCCAGCAGGUUCGCGGACGUCAAAACCGCUGGGGUGUUAUCAAUGUGGAGGAUGAGAACCACUGUGAAUUCGUCUACCUGAGGAACUUCCUCACUCGCACUCAUCUGCAGGACCUUAUCGAGACGACCAGCCAGAUCCACUAUGAGACCUUCCGUGCCAAGCAGCUGCUAGCACUGAAGGAAAGCAGUGCCGCUGGGAGCCACCCCGGUAGCAGCCGUCCCAUCAGUCCUUCGGCGGACAGAGAGCUCAGCCGCAACUCGCAACGCAUGACUAUGAACGGUUAUUAA